AUGCUUCAACUCAACCCGGGCCCUAUGCGGACCGCAAGCGCUGUGAUUGGUCUGUUUCAACCCCUCCCUUGGGUCGAAAAACUCUGCGAUAGCGUCAAGUUUCCUCAGAAACAUGUCAGAAUGAAUGAUCCAAGGUUUUUUUGUGCAUUUCUGAGUGUGCUACUCACAGACGGUGGUGUUGACAAAGACGCUGAAGCUGAAGCUGAUGAACAGAUCACACUCUCACCCCUCUCACCUCUCGCCCGACUCUACAUUUACGCCCUGCAUGGGUGUCUCUGCGAGGUGGCGUUCACAUCAGCCUGGGACUGGUGCUACACUCAUGACUACAAACUAACCGGCCACACAAGCCUUUGGGCUCUGCUUAUCUACAGCUCUGCCAUCUUCUUCAUGGAAGGUCUAAGUGCUCGGCUGCAGCAGCAACACUGCCCCCUACCAGUCAGGCUGACUAUGUACAUGCUCUUCAUUUAUUUGUGGGAGUUUAGCUGGGGGUUUCUGCUGAGGCUGUGUGGAGCCUGUCCUUGGGACUAUUCAGAAUUCAGGUUUAACUUUAUUGGUCUGGUAACACUUGAAUAUGCUGUUUCCUGGCUCCUGGCAGCCUUUAUAGCUGAGAAACAUGUUAUCAGGUACACUUUGAAGAUACGUCUGAAAAAGUAACCACCAUGAAAAGACACUAGGUGUGUUCAAGCUCAUGCGACGCUGCGCAGACUGAUCGGCGAGAUUAGCCGCUUGUAGUAAAGGGAGGAGUUGAAAAAGGAGAAGUCAAGUCGGACACAUAGAUAAAAAAUCGGACACCUGCACCUUGCCGUAGUGACAAUGUUUCCUUUUCAAAGUGCGAUUGAAAGGUAUUAGAAUAGUGGAUC